AUGGCUUCGGACAAAUUCACCAUCACCGCGCCGCCUGGCACCGACAUCUGGCGCAAGCCCCCUAGCACCAACAGCUUCAACGCCCCCACCCACCCGCUCCUCCCAUCAGGCCCGGUCCCGCUGCGCACCUUCCAGCGCGCCCGUCUCACUUUCUCCGGGCCAUGGACGACGCAAUACGACCAAGCGGGCCUGCUGCUGCACCUGACCAAGCCGAACGCCAGCGCUAGCGAGCAGCAGGCGCAGCAGCAAGACCGCUGGCUGAAGACGGGCAUCGAGUUCUACCUGCACCGGCCCUACCUCAGCACCGUGGCCACGCAGUCGUACGCCGACUGGAGCGUCACGCCGCCGGCGGCCAGCACGCCGAACAACGCGACGGGCCCCGUGACGAUCGAAGCGCGCCGCGAGACGGAUGCGCUGGGAACGAGCUUGUGGGUGUACCAGCUCGUGCUGGGGGCGGACGGGGAGGAGGCGGAGAGGUGGCCGCUGAGGGAGUGCACGUGGUGGUUUGCGGAGGAGGGGGAGUGGAAUGUUGACGUGCGGGCGAUGGCGGCGAGGCCGGCGGAGAAGGGGAGUGUGGUUGGGGCCGAGGGGCUGGUGGUGGAGUUUGAGGGGGCAGAGGUGGAGGUGAAGUGA